AUGUCGUCAUCAACACCCCCUACCGUAACGACGCCGGACGAGCCCCAAAACGAGGGCUCUAAGUUGCGGACGUUUCUGGGCAUCUUGAAAAAGUUCAUCGGCGUCUCUGAUCUCGCCAGCGUCCGAUUCUCGCUCCCCUCCCAGCUGCUCGAGCCCACCCCCAAUCUCGAAUACUGGACCUAUCUCGAUGCACCCAACGCCUUCGUCGCCAUCGGCACUUCGGAUGAGCCUCUCGAUCGAAUGCUCGAAGUAGUCCGUUUCUGGCUCACAAAAGAUCUCAAAUACGCAAAAGGGAAGCCCUGCAAGCCGUAUAACUCGUGUCUCGGCGAGUUCUUCCGGUGUAACUGGGAGACAGAAGAUAAUGCACCCAGGAUAAGCACCGUCGACCUUCAGACCCCCGGCUCGAGCUCGAGUUCCAUCAAGGGAGCAGCCGCCAACUUGAAGGCGGCUGCCAAGAGCGAGAAGGGCUCCUCGUCGGUGUCUCUGAGCGUCCCUCAACACGGCACUCCUUCCGGCGAGGCUGCCCCGCUCCUCCGAAUCUCGUAUCUCACCGAACAGACAUCACAUCACCCUCCCGUCAGUGCCUUCCAUGUGGCCUGCCCCGAGAAGGGCAUCUCAGCCAGGGGCUUCGAUCAGAUCACUGCCAAGUUUACUGGCACAUCUGUCAAGGUGCUGCCCGGCGAGCACAACAUGGGCAUCUUCAUCACGCUGGAGAAGAGAGAUAACGAGACCUACCAGCUGACACACCCUGCGGCCCAUCUAGGUGGCCUCUUCCGCGGAUCGUUGAGCGUAUCGGUCAGCGAGAUGGCUUACAUCACAUGCCCCGAUACCAAGAUCAAAGUUAUUCUUCACUACGUUGACGAGGGCUGGUUGGGCCGGACAACAAACAAGAUUGAUGGUGUCGUUUUCAAGUAUGACCCUGAGAACGAUACCAAGACCAGAGUUCAGGACGUUCCGGAUGAAGAUGUCUUGGCCCGGCUGAGUGGUCCCUGGAGGGAAAAGGUUGUCUUCACAUUGGGUCCCAGGCCUGUGAAACUGGUCCCUCCUGAGGAACAGCACGUCAUCAUCGACAUCAUCCCACUUAAUGUUGCGCCCAAGAUUCUACCUCCAAGCGAGCAGAUGCUUCCCAACGAAUCUCUUCGCCUGUGGUCUGGCGUCACCGAGGCUAUCCAUGCCAAGCAGUACUCCAAGGCAACCGAGGUCAAGGUUGCCCUCGAAGAGGCCCAGCGAGACAAGGCUCGAAAGCGAGAGGAGAACAAGGAGACAUGGCAGCCUGUUUUCUUUGAACACGUUGUUGGUAACGGCGGCAAGCCCGACCUCACUGAGAAGGGCAGACAAGUUUUGGAUCUUGCCCAGAAGAGCGAAUGGAAUCUUGAGGGCGUUCUAUAG